AUGGCGUACAGACAGCCCCAAGAUCCCGACGCUCUCCCUAGAGGACCGGUGCCUCAGCACCUCCAACCCACGCAACCUACGCAGCCCCGCCUCCGCCUCCUCCACAAGAGAAGCCGGCGCCCCCUCUGCCCUCCCCGCAGAGUCCAGGCCCGUCCGCCCGCCUCCUCUCGUCCUCCUCCUACCCCUGGACCUGACGGCUCAGCCGCCGACCCUACUCUCCUUCCCCUUUUCCGCGCCGUUGAUAAGGAUGGCGGCGGCCAACUAUCCGAACGCGAACUCUCGACAGCCUUGGUCAAUGGCGAUUGGACGGCCUUUGACCCGCAGACGGUGCGCAUGAUGAUUCGCAUGUUCGACACGGACCGCAGUGGCACCAUUGGCUUCGAUGAGUUCUGCGGCCUGUGGUCCUUCCUGGGAUCGUGGCGCACCCUCUUUGACCGCUUCGACGUUGACCGCAGCGGCAACAUCUCCCUCGAGGAGUUUAGCGACGCCCUCGUCGCCUUCCGCUACCGCCUCAGCGCCCCGUUUGUAGAACUCCUCUUUCGCACCUACGACAAGCGCCACGAGGGCGUCAUGAGCUUUGACCUCUUCGUCCAGGCCUGCAUCUCUCUGAAGCGCAUGACUGAUGUCUUCAAAAAGUACGACGACGACCGCGACGGUUACAUUACCCUCAGCUUCGAGGACUUCCUUAGCGAGAUUCUCAAGCAGCUCAAGUAG